AUGUGUGUCAUGUGUGUUAAAUGAAGCGUGACCUGACUGCAUUCUAAAUAGGCUGCGGCGCAACAGUCGGCGAGGUAAACAAAUUCAGAAUCCAGAAGAUGACCCAGUCUCCGGCUCUUCCGGUCCAGGACUCGUACGGACGGCUGAGUGACGGUAGGGAGGUGUACAGGUACUCGUUCACAAACAGCCGUAAUGUGACGGUCCGCGUGAUUAACUACGGAUGUGUCAUCACCGACAUUCUGGUCCCCGACAAAGACGGAAACAUUGACGACAUCAGUAUAGGCUACGACAAGAUUGAAGAUUAUGAACCAAACCCCCGAUGUUUUGGGUCCAUUUGUGGUAGGGUUGUCAACGUUAUUUCUAACGGGAAGUUUGUAUUGGACGGAAAGGAAUACUCACUUCCGCUUACGUUUUCCAGCCUUGAAAACGAGGCUCCAAAACAUGCAAUUCACGGGGGAGUCAAGGGUUUCCAUUUGAAAUUGUUUGAAUCCUGGAUUGACGGCGACAAAGUGAAGAUGAAGUAUGUGAGCCCUGACGGAGAGGAGGGAUUCCCCGGGGAACUGACUACCAUUGUGUCCUACCAACUGACCAAUCAGAACGAACUAGUGACUGAGUACAGCGCCACCACCACCAAAACAACGAUCGUCAAUUUCACAAACCACGCCUACUUCAACUUACAGAAACACGAUUACCCGAACAUAGACGACCACGUACUACAGAUUUCCGCAGAUAAAUACACUGUCAACAAAGACGAUGAUAUCUUCAUUCCGUCAGGAGAGUUGCGGGCCGUAGCAGAUACGCCGUUUGACUUCCGGAAGCCGGUCAGACUCGGGAACCGACUGAAGGAGGGACCCCACGGGAGAGGUUUCUUCCAUAACUUUUGUCUAGGGGAGUCAGGACCUCUCAAACAGGCGGCUGUUUUAGAUCACCCUCCGACCGGAAGAAGACUGGAGGUUCUCACCACCGAGCCGGGAAUGCACCUAUAUACCGGAUGUAACACCAUUCCCCACACCAAGGGUAAAGAUGGCGCCGUGUACGAGCCAUUCUGUUCCGUGUGUCUGGAGACCCAGCAUUAUCCGGACACACCUACUCAUCAGGACAAGUUUCCCAGUAUCGUGUUGAGACCUGGUGAAAAUUUCUACAGCAAGACCAUCUUCAAGUUCGGCCUGAUUCCUCAGUAAUUCCGUCACACGUUGUGAUAUAU